AUGGAUCCAGGGGAGGAGCCGUGUCCUCCCCAGGACCGAGGUGAUGGGGAUGUCCCCAAGGAGGCCUGUGCAGGUGAUGAGGUGCAGGCCCACAGUGGUGGUCACCCAAAUGGCUCCAUUAAUCUGCCAGGUCUCCUGGAGGAUGGCAGGACGCCACCAAAGCCCUACCACUGCAUGGAGUGUGGGAAGACCUUCAGCCGCAGCUCUGACCUGGUCAAGCACAAGAGGACCCAUACCGGGGAGAAGCUCUAUGGCUGCGGGCAAUGUGGGAAGCGCUACAAAUACAGGACACACUUGGUGUCCCACCAACGGACCCACACCGGCGAGCGGCCCUACCGAUGUGGGGAGUGUGGGAAGACCUUCAGCCUGAGCUACAGGCUCCUCGAGCACCAGAUGAUCCACACGGGUGAUCGACCCUUCACCUGCAGCCAAUGCGGUAUGAGAUUCACCCACAGCUCCUCCUUAGCUGUGCACCUCCGGUCCCACACUGGCGAGAAGCCCUACGUCUGCACGGGCUGCACCCGUGCCUUCAGCCGCAGGUACACCUUGACUGAGCAUUACCGCACCCACACUGGUGAGACACCCUACGCUUGUCCUGAGUGCGGGAAGGCCUUUAGACAGUCCUCCAACCUGGUCACACAUCUCCGGACCCACACCGGGGAGAAGCCCUACAGCUGUGGGUGCUGUGGGAAGACCUUCAAGCAGAGCUCCAACCUGAUCAAGCACGAGAAGAUCCACACAAGGGAGAAGCCCUACUCCUGUGGGCAAUGUGGGAAGACCUUCAGUUUCAGUUCCGACGUGGUCAAGCACCAGAGGUCCCACACAGGGGAGAAGCCCUAUGGCUGCAGGCAAUGUGGGAAGUGCUUCAUGUACAAGACCCAGUUGAUUACCCACCAACGAACCCACAAUGGCGAGCAGCCCUACCAGUGUGGGGAGUGCGGGAAGACCUUUGGACAGAGCUCCAACCUGAUCGAGCACCAACGGAUCCACACAGGUGAGCGACCCUUUGCUUGCAGCCAAUGCGACAAGAGCUUCAGCCGCAAAUCCACCUUGGUCGCGCACCUCCGAACCCACACCGGCGAGAAGCCCUAUGAAUGCCCAGUCUGCACCCGCACCUUCAGAACCAGCUCCAAAUUGACCGAGCAUCGCCACACCCACCUUGAAGAGAGGCCAUUCUCCUGCGGGCAAUGUGGGAAGAGCUACAAGAACAAGGGGGACUUGGUGUAUCACCAACGGACCCACACUGGCAAGCGGCCAUACCGGUGUGGGGAGUGCGGGAAGACCUUCCAGCAUAGCACCAGGCUCAUUGACCACCAACGGACUCACACGGGUGAGCGACCCUUCCCUUGCAGCCAGUGCAACAAGAGCUUCACCCACAGAUCCACCUUGGUCGUGCACCUCCGGAUCCACACCGGCGAGAAGCCCUAUGUAUGCCCAGUCUGCACCUGUGCCUUCAGAACCAGCUCCAAAUUUGCUGUGCAUCGCCGCACCCACACCAUUGAGAAUCCCUAG